AUGCCAAGUGACAAGUCGGCGGCCAGCCGUCGUGCUGGGUUUGCGGUGCCAGCUGGCAGCCCAUCAAAACCUUCGUCGCCCGCAAAGGCAUGGUUUCCGUCCCCCAAGUCAAGGACGACUCAUCUGGUCGUCGCGCCUGCCAUGCUUCAGGGUGGAUGGCUGGCGAGUGCCCAGCGCGUCGGUGGGCAGCAACGAUGCAGCCGGACGAAGCGCAACCACGAUGAAUUCGACUUUCCAGACUCCAAAGGCAUCGCCCGUCGAAUGGCAGCUUCGCAGCUUUCCGUGGUGCAAUCGCAACGGACAUCAGGCAUCAUAUUUGAGCCUGACAGAGUGUCCAUGUCGAAGAGCAGCUGCUCAGAUCUUCGUCGUGCGGUGCACGCUCUCCCGCCACCAAAACGAACAACCAUCGCAACGGCACCGCAACAAAUGAUUCCACGCGCGAACGCGGGCCAAUUUCAACGUCAAUACUUCAAAGAAGACAUAUGCAAGUUCGUGGGUAAUGGCAUGAGCAGUGCGUGGGUGACCCGGGCGAGUCUGCGAGCUGUGCCGCCCACGCGCGUACCACAAGCCAGGUGCGAUGCGCAGAGAGGCCGCGACGGACAUGGAAAGUUUCUCUACAUGACUGUCGGAGGCGCCAGACGAAGCAGCGAGCCGCAGGAUGUACCAUGCGGUUGGUUUGCGGUGUGCGCCUCAGCCUCCGCCCAUCGCAACACCACCACAACGUUCAUGUCCCAGCAUGAACGCGCUUGCAAAUGGGCGUUCAUGCCCCUGCCGAAUGGCAUGCAAGUCCCCAUACCACAUGCCCCAGGAGGAGUCAAAUGUGCAAUGGCAAAGGGUGGAGUGUCCGGUGUGGCCUGUUGCGAUGCCCGACCUCUGACCACACAAACUUCGACCGACAGCAACACCACCGCGACGAGAUUUUGCGUGGAGUUUCGCGAGCACUCAGGCCAAUCGGCAAGUUUGUCAAAGCCUGGGUUUGCGACGCCCUCAAGUUCCUCACCCAGACUUCGAGCUUUCGCAAUGAGGCCGCGACGUCAACCAGGCUGGACCGGCGCGAUGGGAAAUCAAACCUCGGACAUGGCAGAGCACGCAUGCAAAGCCCCGAGACGUCGCCUCACAGUUGUGGUGAUGUUCUCGACUGGUGGAGGGCUGCGACCCUGGCGCGUAUCAAAUGAGCCACGCAGCAUGCCAGGACUUGCAGCGACGGGCUGGCAUUUUGAGAACAGUGACCUUGCGAGGUUCCCUGCCAGCUGGCGGGUCGUGGCAUGCGCGGACGAAGCCGUUGCGCCAUCUUUCUUGAGACGAACGUUUUGCGACGAUGAGGCAGCCUGA